AGUCCGCCCCGGGGGCGGGGCCACCUGGCGGGUCGGAGUCGGUCGCCUGCCCCGAGCCAUGGCGCCGCGCCGCCGCCGCCGGCCCCCUCGGGGCCGCGAGCCCGAGUCCGAGCCUGGCGAGCUCCGCCUGGGGCCUACGGAGGGGAGCCCGGAGCGGCCGCAGGGAUCCGGUAAGGUCUUACCGGCCUUUCCAACGCCUGAUUACUCCUCUGACAUGGAGCCAGACACUAGAGAGAUGGUACGAGCACAGAACAAAAAGAAGAAGAAAUCAGGGGGCUUCCAGUCUAUGGGCUUGAGUUAUCCUGUAUUCAAAGGGAUCAUGAAGAAAGGCUACAAAGUGCCUACGCCAAUCCAGCGAAGGACCAUCCCUGUGAUCCUGGAUGGGAAAGACAUGGUGGCCAUGGCAAGGACUGGCAGUGGGAAGACGGCUUGUUUCCUCAUCCCCAUGUUUGAGAAGCUGAAGGCGCACAGUGCCCAGACGGGAGCACGAGCCCUCAUCCUCUCGCCAACCCGCGAGCUUGCCUUGCAGACUAUGAAAUUCACAAAGGAGCUGGGCAAGUUCACAGGCCUGAAGACUGCGUUGAUUCUGGGAGGAGAGAGGAUGGAAGACCAAUUUGCAGCUCUGCAUGAGAACCCCGAUAUAAUCAUUGGCACCCCGGGGCGCCUGAUGCAUGUGGCUGUGGAAAUGAACCUGAAGCUGCACAGUGUGGAGUACGUGGUGUUUGACGAAGCUGACAGGCUCUUUGAGAUGGGGUUUGCGGAGCAGCUGCAGGAGAUCAUCGCCCGGCUCCCCGAGAGCCGCCAGACCCUGCUUUUCUCUGCCACACUCCCCAAACUGCUCGUGGAGUUUGCUCGGGCCGGUCUCACUGAGCCAGUCUUGAUCCGGUUGGAUGUGGAGACCAAGCUCAGUGAGCAGCUCAAGCUGGCCUUCUUCCAUGUGCGCGCGGAUGACAAGCCGGCCGUGCUGCUGCACCUGCUGAGGAGUGUGGUGAGGCCUCAGGAUCAGACAGUCGUCUUCGUGGCCACCAAGCACCAUGCGGAGUACCUCAAGGAGUUGCUGACAGUGCAGGGCGUGAACUGCACCCAUAUCUACAGCUCCCUGGAUCAGACGGCCCGGAAAAUCAACAUUGCCAAGUUCGUGCACGGCCAGUGCGCAGUGCUGAUUGUUACCGACGUGGCUGCCCGUGGCAUCGACAUCCCCAUGCUGGACAACGUCAUCAACUACAGCUUCCCUGCCAAGCCCAAGCUGUUCCUGCACCGUGUCGGCCGCGUGGCCCGCGCUGGCCGCAGUGGCACCGCCUACUCCCUGGUGGCAUCGGAUGAGACCCCAUAUGUCUUUGACUUGCACCUGUUCCUGGGGCGCCCGCUCACCCUCGCCAGCCCCCACGAGAAACCCUCAGACGGGGAUGGGGUGUUUGGCAGAGUCCCCCAGAGCGUCAUCGACGACGAGGAGUGUCUGCUGCUCACUGACCACGAGGGCUCGCUGGACCUGCAGAGCCUGCGCAAGGUGUCGGAGAAUGCGCACAAGCAGUACCUGAAGUCCCGGCCUGGCCCCUCGCCCGAGUCUGUCAAGAGAGUGAAGGAGCUGGACUUCUCCCUGCUGGGCAUCCACCCGCUCUUCAGCUCCUGGCUUGAAGGUUCUUGCUUUGGGGAGGAUGAGCUGGAGAGACUGAAGUUCGUGGACAACAUUAAAACCUACAGAUCCAAAGCAACCAUCUUUGAGAUCAACGCCACCAACAAGACCCUGGCCAGCGAUGUGAUGCGAGCCAAGCGGAGCCGCGACCGCAGCCUCAUCGACAAGUACCAGAGGGGGCAGCAGGAGAGACGGGCUGGGGCUGCGCUGGGGGGCCGGGACCCAGCAGUCCCUGCCCCUGAGGAGGAGGAAGCAAACCUCCAGGAAGUGUUCGCCGCCGUGGUGGGCAGGAAGCGGAGGCGGCACCAGGUGGGAGAGGGCAUCAGGAAGAAGCAGCGGCAUGAGGCGCAGCGGGACGAGGAGUUCUACAUUCCCUACCGGCCCAAGGACUUGGAGAGCGAGCGAGGGCUGAGCAUUGGCGGGGAGGGCAGCGCCUUUGAGCAGCAGGCUUCUGGUGCCAUGCUCGACCUCCUGGGGGACGAGACCCACAACAUGAGCAAGACCAAGCAGCUGCUCAAGUGGGACCGCAAGAAAAAGCGGUUCGUGGGGAAAACUGGCCAAGAGGACAAGAAGAAAAUCUGCACAGAGAGUGGCAGGUACAUCAGCGGCUCCUACAAGAACAACCUCUAUGAGAAGUGGAAGAAGAAAUACAAAGUUGAGGAGUGGGACUCCGAGGAGGAGGCGGGGAACGAGCCGAGAGGCGGGACGCGCCGCAGGGGCAGAGGAGGCAAGCGGCUGGCGCCCUCCCCAGGGAAGCACGGCUCCCAGCAGGGCAAGGUGCACUCGGAGCUGAAGAGCAAGCAGCAGAUCCUGAAGCAGAGGAAGAGAGUGGCCAAGCAGAACUUUCUGCAGAAGGGCGGCCUGAAGCGGCUGAAAGGCAAGAAGCGGCAGCGGGUGCAGGAGCUGCGCAGGACGGCGUUCGGCCGUGGUGCUGCCAGGAAGGGUCAAAUGAGGAAAAGGAUGUAAAGAAUGGAGCGUGGGAGGGCAGCAGGCCGGAUCUGAGCAAAGGGCUGAUCCCCUUUCUAGGGGGUGAGCUGCCCCGUGCAGGCGCCGGCCUGGGCAGGAGCCAUUAAAUGACAUGGUGGUUGGUUUUCAGUUUCUGUUGGAUGUUUGUCUCGAAUGCAGCUCGGGGGCGGGGGGAGAUGGAGGGAGUGCUGGCCAGGGAAUGGGGGGGCAGGGCUAGCUGCCUGCCCCUCUGUCAGUACCUCCGGAAAGUCUCCAGCACAAGCUGUUAAGGCUGCUGGAAGAUGGCCCUUGGCAGUGCUAGAGCAGGGGGGGAGGGAGCUGGGGUGGGGGGUGGGCCUUGUUCCUGUUGCCUUGACCAGCUAACUCUUCUGAGAGUGCUGGAAAACCUGCCUGGGGGAACCACAGCUGUGCUGGCCUGUGCCACUGACCUGUGUCUCUGAUGGAGUAUGCAGGGGUCCUAGUCCGGACUGCUUUUCACCACUCACCCCAUCUCCCAAAGGACGUUCCUGACAUUGCAUGAGGCUGCUUUUAAAAGCAGUUUCUCAUCACAGCACCUUCCCUCCCCUUGUGGGCAGCAGCCAUGCUUGCUGCUCCCUGAUUUCAUUUGUUCCUGGAGAGCCCAUUCUCCAGAAAGCGUAAGCUAGACCAUCCAUGAAUUUGACCGCAAAGCCCCCUGUGCAGAAAGGUAACAGCAGAGAGGCGUUUCAGAGAAGAGCACUCACUUUCCGGGCCUGGCUGCAAAAUAGUAUUUAUGUAAUAAGAGCUAUAGAUCUCAGAGCGCAUUGCAAGGGAGGUCAGUAUUGUCCCCAUUUUACAGAUGGGGAAACUGAGGCACAGGGGUGACUUGCCCAAAGUCACCCAGCAGGCCAGUGGCAGAGCCAGGACUAAAGCCCAGUCAGAGUCCCAAGCCUGUGCACUGUCUAAUCAUUCCUGUCCAGCUGUAUUCACCUGGUCAUUCUAUUUCUCUUCCUCUGGCCAGACAGAUGCUUAGUCUCAGGGCUUAGCUCCUUACCCUGCUGGGUCCUCCCCUGCUUCUUCAGGUACGUGACCAUUGGAGGGAGCAGUAAGUGUCCUCCAAGCUCCCUCUUGCCUGUGACACACCAUCCCCUCCCAGCUAUGUCAGUUGUGUGGGAGGCAGUGCUCCCACACAGAGAAGCCAAUGGUAGAUCAAGAGAUGAUCAGAGAAUCCCCCUUUUAAUAAAGGUCCCCCAAAACUGCUGGUGAGAACCUGCACACAUGCUUUCUACAGAGGAGCAUGGGGGUGUUUUUCUUCUCUGAUAAUAGCAGCUGUGUGAGGUCCUCCACUCUUGGCACAUAAAAAGAUGAAGGGAUGUCCCCAAAGGAAACUGAAUGAAGGUGCAAUGGGCAGCCACACCAUGGCCAGUACAAACUGGGACAGUUAGAGAUACUUUUGCCAUCCAGUGUCACCUGUAACAGUGCAGGUGGCAAGAGGCAGCAUGUGGAGUCCCUGAGCCAGCCACCUGCAGUGCAAAAACAUCACUUGCUUGAGACUUUACAUGCUUCCUGGGUCCCCUCAGCUGUUCUCUCCUGCUCAGGGCUGCAUGGCAGUAUGCAAAGUAGGGAAAUUGAGCAGAGUUUGACUUACUUUUAAAAAGGGGCCUUUUUUUCCAGCCUAAAUCAAACUAAGCUUUGUAUCAAAAGUUAAUGUAAAUAAUGGCCCCCCACUUUUUUUACUCCAAUAAACAUUUUUUCCUAUUGUCUUUCAA